UUCAUUCUCAUUCACACACUCCACCAUUUCCUUCAUAAUUUCUUCUUCUUUCUGUUAAUUUCCCAUUUAUUUUCUCAAAAAUGGUUAAAGUAGGAGGAGUCUUCGUUUGUCUGUUAAUCGUUGCCAUGGAUGUGGCUGCAGGGAUUCUUGGCAUCCAAGCCGAAGUUGCACAAGACAAGGUUAACCAUAUGCGGCUCUGGAUAUUUGAGUGUAGAAAUCCAAGCCAUGAUGCUUUCAUGCUAGGGUUAAUUGCAGGAGUACUUCUGGUUUUAGCUCAUGUAAUUUCUAAUUUACUAGGUGGGUGCAUGUGCAUUUGUUCUCAAGCUUCCCCUUGCAGGCAACUCUCCUUGGCGUGCCUCCUCUUCUCUUGGAUCAUAGUAGCCGUUGGAUUGUCAAUGUUGGUGAUAGGAACAAUGUCAAACAACAAAUCAAAAGCUUCCUGUGGGUUCACACACCGUCAUUUUCUAUCAAUUGGAGGGAUUCUUUGUUUUGUUCAUGGCUUAUUCUGUGUUGCAUAUUAUGUUUCUUCUACUGCUGCUACUUAA